UGUUAUGGUGAAGCAUUUCCCUGGAGGGGCCGGCCGUGGCAGGAGCAGCAGGCAACAGCUGACUGGCUCAAUUGCACCGGAGCCCUCCUCCACGCACACGGCCAACGGCGCAGUUGCCGCCAGAAGACUUGUGUGGCCCAACCCGGUUCCCAGAAGGCCCGGCCAGAAAGUUACCGGCUGCAACGCAAUCUACGGUGACUUUUGAAUCAUCGACAAUCACCACCCCAAAGAUUUUGGAGAGCACCGCAAGCAUCAACUGCUGCUGACACGGUGUGAGUGUUUGAAUAGCAGCUACUUGGAUCUACAAAAGGUUUUUAGAGACGAUCCCUUAGUUUGGACCCGCGUCCGGAAAUCAAUCAACACCGAUAUGAAUGACAACAUCUAACCGCAUAGGAAAUUGGACUUCCACGGUGGAUCAUUGACCAAGCAUCACACCAAUGGCAUGGAGAGCAGGAAUGAUGAUCGGCUGCAAUCCUCAGCUUGACUGCUUUUGGGUUUUGACCCAUUUUUCAUUUUUCCUGUCAUGAUCGAACUUCCGGUGUGAAAGAUGGCAAAGAGACAUUGCAGUCAUUCUACGUGUUGCUCCUUUCUGCAACCACGGCGAUAUCUGUCAUCUGAUCCCCCUACUUAACUUUGAAUCAGUGGAUGUACGUCCUUCUUUUUUUUUUUUUUUUUUGGGCUUUAUUUUUGUAGAUGCAUUCCUGCACCCUCACAAUGUCAUAACAGACUUAUUUGGAAGCAUACAGCCUUCACAACACUUGAACUAAAGGAAGCAGAAGCAUCGGGUGACUGCGGUGUGGCAUCAUGGCUGCGGAUCACAGCGAGUUACUGGCUGAGAUGUCCACCAUCGGCCGUCUGAGUGCCGCCGAACGCCUCAAAAACGCCCAGAGGCGGCGUGCUCAACAACUGAAGGCAUGGGCCCAGGUGGAGAAGGAUUCGUCACGAGGCGCUAAAGCCAAAGCAGAUAAGAAGCGGCGUUCAAGAAAAGUGACCUUCCCCAGCGCCAUCACCCUUCUUGAUGCAGCUGCACGCAAUGACCUGGAUGAGGUGAGGGAGCUGCUCAACAGCGGCGUGAGCCCCGACCUGGUCAACGAAGAUGGACUGACUGCCCUCCAUCAGUGCUGCAUUGAUGACUUUGUGGGCGUGGUGCAGUGCUUGCUGGACGCCGGUGCCAGCGUCAAUGCCUGUGACAGUGAGCUGUGGACACCGUUGCACGCUGCUGCCACCUGUGGGCACACCGGCCUGGUGCAGCUCCUUAUUCAGGCUGGGGCCGACCUGAUGGCCGUCAAUACGGAUGGAAACAUGCCCUAUGACCUCUGUGAGGAUGAGGCCACUCUUGAGCUCCUGGAGAUGGUCAUGGCUGAACAGGGAAUAACACAGGCCCGCAUAGAUGAGUGCAGAGGCGCGAAAGAGGCGGCGAUGCUUGCUGACAUCCGAGCUCUCGUUUGCGACGGAGCCGACUUGAACAGUCAGGAUGAUUGCGGGAUAACACUGCUGCAUAUCGCGUCCGCCAAUGGAUACCUGUCUGUGGCUGACCUAUUGCUGGAGCACAAGGCUCAGGUGGAGGUCAAGGACUGCGAUGGGUGGACGCCAUUGCAUGCUGCCUCCUGCUGGGGACAAAUCCAAAUGGUGGAGCUGCUGGUGGGUCAUGAAGCCAGUUUAGACACAAAGUCCAUCCUGGAAGAGACUCCCCUGGAUGUGUGCAUCGAUGAGGAGGUCAGAGCGAAACUAAUGGACCUCAAGCACAAACAUGACGCCAUCAUGAAGAGCCAGGACCGUCACAAAGGCACCUUGCAAAAGCGAGCUUCGAGUACUGGCAGCAGAGGGAAAGUGGUGCGUCGUGUCAGUGUGAACGAGCGCUCCAACCUGUACAGGCGGGAGCAUCACAAAGAGGCCAUGGUGUGGCAGGAGAGGGGCCGCCAGCCCGAACCACAAGAUGAUGAUGAGGACCGUCUGACUGACAAUGAACUUCAUCAGCAUACUGGAGGUGACGCCUCGUCACGUGCCGGUGAGCCCAAAGCUACUGUCAGCGAUAGUGUGUCCAGCCUCGGUAACGGAGGCACAUCAGUUUCUCUGGCUUCCUCUGUGCCCGGAGAGCAAUGGAGCGGGGGAGGUCACAUGGAACGCAGCGCCUCUUACCAUCUCAACGCAGCAUCGGGGCCCCAGGACGAAGAAGGCUCGGACUCUAUGACUCGAGAAAAAUCCCACCAAACGUUGGCCGACCUAAAACGGCAGCGGGCGGCGGCCAAGCUCAAUAAAUGCCCAGCGCCUCCGCCACCUCUGACCCCACCUCUAGAAGAGGAGCCCCCCUCUGCCGUUGCGUCCGAGGUGGCGAGUCCUCCGGGGACACUCAGCGCAGAGACGGCAGCGUCCCCCAGCCAGGUGUUCUUCACACCAGCCAGCGGAGAUCCUCCGCUCCUGAAACUGCGAGCUCCAGAGGAGGACCAGUCGACCAACAAGGAGCCUUGCUGUCGACUCAUGUAGGGACGCCCAAGCCGGACCCUCCAAAGUGACGCAGAUAUUGCAUGCAUGCUUGUCGUGAACACUCUCCAUGCACUUUUGUCACUUCGGCCACAUGUCACAGCGCUCACAAAUGUUUUCCUCACGCUUUCCUCCCCCCGAAUGAUUUGACCGCAUGGUCAAUCACUUCUGCGCUCGUCCUGUUGUUCGCAAAAGCCAUAGAAUGAUGUCAACUGAAACGGGAUGAUGAAAUCAUUUGCGAUUGAUCACUGUUGAAAUCAUGAGCUUUGAGUUGCACUUGCAGAAACUGCCCAUUAGUAUGACGGUAUAUGUGCUAAGUUCUACUCACAUUCGCAACUUUUUAUGGUUGGGAGCUGACUUUGUGAUAGUUUUGUGGUACGGUACAAUGUCACCAUUCACACAAAGAGGUUUACAAGGACUGUUACCUUGCAUGUUUUCUUUUCAAUUUUUGAAACAUACUCGAGUCUCUGCAUUCAUAUCUUUAAGGGUGAUGUUUGUAAAUGGUCUUUUUCCUCAAAUAUAUGAGUUAAUCUAUCAUAUCAUCACCACAAAUGAGUCUAAUCAUUCUCAAAUUCAGAAAAUGCUUUCACCGAGAAAUGAAUAAAACGCUUAUUUUUCUGAGCA